UCAAAGUGCCUGGCUCAAGGAAUGUUUAGAUAGUGAUCUUCAUUGCGGGCACUAAGUUAACCCCUGCUGUUUGUGAACAUAAAAGGCUAUGGAUAGGUUCAAUGCCACUUUAGAAGAAAGAUUCAUUUUGGUGGGCUUUUCAGAUUGGCCACAGCUGGAAAUCAUCCUUUUUGUUUUUAUUUCAAUUUUUUAUUCCCUAACUCUCUUUGGUAACACCACCAUCAUAGCUCUCUCUCGAGUUGACCUUCGAUUGCACACCCCCAUGUACUUCUUCCUCUCACACCUCUCCUUCCUGGACCUCUGCUACACAACCAGCACUGUGCCCCAGCUCCUGAUCAACCUCCAUGGACUUGACAGGACCAUCAGUUAUGGAGGAUGUGUGGCCCAGCUGUUCAUAUCUCUUGCUCUGGGAUCCACUGAGUGUGUGCUCUUGGUGGUGAUGGCUUUUGACCGCUAUGCUGCUGUGUGUCGUCCACUGCACUACACGACCAUCAUGCACCCUGUUCUCUGCCAGGCAUUGGCUAUUGCUUCCUGGGUAGGAGGCUUCCUGAACUCUCUGAUUCAAACAGGCCUCAUGAUGACCAUCCCACUCUGCGGCCACCGACUGAAUCACUUCUUCUGUGAGAUGCCUGUGUUCCUCAAGUUGUCCUGCAACGACACAGGAGAAACAGAGACCAAGAUGUUUGUGGCCAGAGUCAUAAUCUUGGUCUUCCCUGCAACAUUAAUUCUUGGCUCCUAUGGACACAUUGCUAGAGCAGUACUAAAGGUCAAGUCAAUGGCUGGACGCAGAAAAGCUUUUGGGACAUGUGGGUCCCACCUCUUGGUAGUUUCUCUGUUUUAUGGCUCAGCCAUCUACACAUACUUGCAAUCCAAGAGCAGCUAUUCUGAGAGCAAGGGGAAGUUAGUUGCCCUUUUUUAUACUAUCAUCACCCCCAUGCUCAACCCUCUGAUCUAUACCCUGAGGAACAAGGAUGUGAAGGGGGCUCUGUGGAAGGUACUAGGGAGAGACACAGACUAGGAGAAAGAGAAAAAACAGGACUACUACAACUUUCUGUGAUAUAUCUCACAUUCUUAAGUCUAUCUUGUUCUACCAACCAAGAAAUAG